AUGGCGCCAGCCUCACCGAACGACCCACAGUUUGUUGUGCUUGGUGCCGGGGUCAUCGGUCUGUCCACGGCGCUCACUCUUCGGAGUGAGUAUCCCACGGCGAGCAUCACCAUUCUGGCGGAGUACUUCCCUGGAGACUACCAUAUUGAUUACUGCUCCCCAUGGGCAGGCGCAAACUGGUGCUCAUCAGCGAACGAUAACGGUCUCCUCGAGUCUUUUAUUGAAGAUGCCGAAAUUCUCAGCGCGGGGACUGGAAAACUGUGGUAUGACGACCUGGUGGGAGGUGCAGUCGCCCUCAGAAAGGAUGAAUUGCCUGAAAAAGCCGUCUUCGGGCUAGACUUGCCUUCCACGUUUGUAAUAAACUCACAAAUAUACCUCCAAUGGCUCUUGGAGCAGUGUAGGCAAUGGAACAUUGCCCUGCUGCGCCAGCGAAUCAAGCAUAUCAAAGAGGCGCGUAUCACACCAGAUGUCGUAGCUGUCUUCAACUGCACCGGCCUUGGAUCGUAUCACCUCGGAGGAGUCGAGGAUAAGUCCAUGUACCCUACCCGAGGUCAGACCGUUCUGGUUGAGCAGCCAAUCCACCCCCUGAAGCGGAUGUACUUCCGUUCGCCUCGCCGGGUGGAUAACGAUACUACCUACAUCUUCCAGAGACCUCUGGCCGGUGGUAUCGUUUUAGGUGGCUGUCGUCAGGAUGGGAACUGGGAUAAGAAUGUAGAUCCCGAGUUGGCCAAAACCAUCAUGGAGAGAUGCUGUGCUUUAGCGCCUGAGCUAGGACGCCCAGAAGACUUGAAGGUCAUCAAGCACGGCGUCGGACUGAGGCCUGGACGAAAGGGCGGCCCGAGGAUCGAAGCCGAAAAUAGCGAAUACGGUCUGAUUGUGCACAACUACGGUGCUUCUGGUGCUGGGUACCAAGCGUCUUGGGGCAUGGCAGUACAUGCUGUUCGGCUUGCUCAGGAACAGCUGGAAAGAAAGGCGCCUCCAGCGUUUAAGCUUUAA